AUGCAGGAGAGAUACAGGACCAUCGCGGUGGAGCCUUUGAAGGACGGCAAGCCCUGCGUUGGCAAUCUGAAAGAGAUUCGUGCUUGCAUGAUCGCGGUGGACUGCGUGAUCAGCCCAUGGACCCCCUGGGACAUGUGCGACAAGUCCUGCGACGGCGGGCAAAUGCAGCGCCAGCGCCAGGUUGAGCUGAACCCGAAGCACGGUGGCAAGCCCUGCCCAGAAGGAUUGAUCGAGACGGCGGGCUGCAAUCGCGAGCCCUGCUCAGAUGAGGAGGUGAAUUGCAAAGUCAGCAUUUGGACUGUGUGGUCGUCCUGUAGCGCAACAUGCGGGCCUGGCGUCAAGGAGAGGAAGCGCACCAUCAUCAACAGGCUCAGCCAUUGUGGCUCAGGAUGUGUGGGAAAUCUCACACAGGCGGAGCCGUGUUACAUCGAGCACUGUGGCGGUUGCGACAAGUGCGCUUGGGGCCAGUGGCGGGAGUGGAGCGACUGCGAUGUCCACUGCGGUGGCGGUCAGCGAGCGCGGCUUCGAAACAUCAGCAUGUGGCCUUCUCCCGGGUGCCCACCCUGCGAGCCUAUGGCUAAGAUGGAGUUGGAAGCCUGCAACGUGGACCCUUGCCCCGAGACGGAGCUCUGCGUCGACGGAGCAUGGGCGAACUGGAAUGACUGGGAGGCCUGCUCCACCUCUUGCGAGGGCGGCAUGCGCUGGCGAAUGCGGCAUGUAGCCCGGCAGGCGACCAGUUGCGGCGCUGAGCCUGUGGGAGACUCACGCGAAGAAGAAGAGUGCAACCAGGGGGUGCCCUGCAAGGCGAGCCAGGACUGCGAGCUGAGCCCUUGGUCGAUGUGGUCCUCCUGCAGCGCCUCCUGCCAUGGUGUGAAGAAGCGGGUCCGCACCGUGGAGACCCACGGCUACGGGGCGGGCAAGUACUGCGAGGGCAUCCUCGAGGAGGCCUUCCCUUGCGCGCUGGGCAUCUCCACUAGCUUGGUGAACUGGGACAGUCCCCAUUUGUAUCUGAACUUGAACAACGUGGGGGCCAACAACCUCAACGGGAAGGGCCCGGACUUUCAGUCCGAGCCCGCCUUGCGCUUCAAGAAUGCGGCUGCGGACAACGCCCAGUCAGUCGACCUGAAGAUCACUGUGGAUGAAGAAAGCAACUACUUUCCUCUGAAGGGCGCGGAGCUCAACGGCGCCCAGGGCAAGCUGGGGAAUAUCUUCCUGGAGCGGGACUCAGAAGUGGUCCUUCACUUCGAGCUGGUGGACUCUGUCACCAGCGACCUCAUGGCCCCUGAGGAUCUGGUGAUCAAGUUCUUCGACAGCGACGAUGGGGUGGAAGGCAGCGACAUGGAGACCUACGAAAUCUCCGCAAUCACCGACUGUGAGGAGUUCUAUACCUCGGCGGAUACCGUGUACAAGGUGCAUGGCACCUGCGCGGAAGAAGGGCCCACGGAAUUCGAGAAGCCCUUCAUCGCGGAUCCGGGCUGCGACUCCGGAGGCUACGAGGUGCUGGACUUGGGCCGAGUGAUCAACAACAACCUCAUGGGCAAGGGGCCAAAUCCCAUCGGAGCUCCUGACUUGCGCUUCGAGAACGUCCUGCAGAUAGAUGGCCAGGGCGUGGACAUGGUCGUGGAGGUUGUGACCGGAGAAUACGAGCCGGGCGAUGCCAGCGCCAAUGGUGCUUUUGGCGGGCGUACCAGCUACAACAAAGCCGCCGCCAUGGGCGCCAUCAGCAUGGUUCCGGGCACCGCCACCAAAUUCAAGGCGCAGACUGAUGACACUCGGGAUUCCAUUUCCCUGUAA